UAGGCUAGCAAUGCGGCAUCGACCGAGCGUCGUUAGCACUGUGUGUGCGUGCGUACAAGGGUAGCCGCCUCAUGAAAACACAAGCAACAUGGUUCAAACAGUCACGUGACCGCCGGCGAGAUUUGGUUGAAAAAAAUGGCGGCAGAGGCGAACAUGAGGGCGACGGAACUCUGCACCAUCGAAGCAACUGUUCCAACGGGGUUUGAAGAAGUUGCUCGAGAGGAGGCGGUUGAAAACUUUGGAACUGAAUGCAGAGCUGCUCGAGGAAAAAUAGUGUUUCAAACGUCCCUUGAUAGUGUGAAAAAUGUAUUGCAACUUGGUGGAGUUGACAACUGCCGCGUGCAGAUGUAUCACACUUUCAAUUUUGGAUUCUCUGGUGAUGCUCAUGACUGUUUAUCCCGCCUACAAUUGUUGGUAAAAAAUGUAAAUUGGGCAGAAGGUCUUGCAGUCUGGAAAGAUUUCUUCACAUUUCACCUCCCAGUCCAGUCUUGUCCUGAGAAAAUACCAACAGAUGAAGAACUCAUUGAUGUGUGCAUCAUGACUCGCAAGCCACAGCCAAAGAAAAAACAACAAAAGGGACAGGGCAAAGAGAGAAGAAAGGGAGGAAAAGGUCAAGGUUUUGGAAAGAAUCGUGGAAAGCAGAAGUACGCACUCACUCCACAAGAACAAGCACAAGAACCUCCAGGUAAUGUUGAGGAGCUUGAGGCCAUCUCCCACAAAGCAUGUAUGGAUGCGGGCCUCAACAACAGCUCUGAUGGGAAAGAAGGGAGUGAUAAUAUUGCACAGAAUGGAGAAGAUAGCACUGAGACCAAGAAAGUUCUGAAUGUCUUGGCCAAGAAGAACCAGAAAGAUUGCAUAAUGAUAGUGUCUCCAGGAGAUGAAAAACUCCCAGCUAAUACUGUCAUAAUUGAAGACCUUCCACAAAAGAGCAAACCCAUUUCUGCAGGAGACAAUUUAUUGCAAGAGCAAGACAAGCUACAAACAUCGUCUACACAGAGUGAAGAACAUCAUCAUAUUGCAGCAGUUAAAAAUGAAACAUCUGGAGUUAAUGUCUGUCCUGGUGUAAAUUUAACUGUAAUGAAAGAUAUAACAGGUGAUCAAGCAAUUGUGGAUUCUGUUGGUGAAACCCUGGGGACACAGUGGGAUGAAAUGCAUGAAAAAUCAAGAAACGAUGGCAAUGCCCAGCAAGAUAAUUCCUCAGGUGAAAGUACCCCACAGCUAGAAACACAGAAGUCUAAACAUGAUGCCACAAAGCCCACAUUCCGGGUGACCUGUAACCGUGCUGGAGAAAAUCACAGUUUUGAUUCCAUGUCUGCUGCUGCUAGUUUUGGAUCAGCAGUGCAGACUUACUUUGGCUGGAAUGUAGAUAUGAAGAACUUUGAUAUUGAAGUCAUUCUAAACAUUGACAAUGAGGAGGUGUCUGUGGGAAUAGGACUGACACGAGAAAGUCUGCACUAUCGCAAUCUUGUUGCAUUUGGCCCAACAACUCUGCGUCCAACAAUUUGUCACAAUAUGCUGAGAAUGUGUAAGAUUCGUGAUGGACAUAUUGUUUGUGACCCAAUGUGUGGCACCGGGUCUAUUUCUAUCCAGGGAUCACUUGCCUGGCCGAAAACGUUUCAGCUGUGUGGAGAAAACCACCCAAAGGCUUUAGAAAAAGUCAGUCUGAAUACACAGGCUCUUAACCUAAAAAGAACAAGCCGUAAUCAAGGCACUUUGAAGACUGAUGCACUUCGCUGGGAUGCUUGCCAUCUUCCAAUAAGAGACAGCAUGGUGGAUAUCUUUGUGACUGACUUGCCGUUUGGAAACAGAAUUGGGUCUCGAGUGGACAACCGCAAGCUGUACCCCAAGAUUCUGGAUGAAAUGGCUCGAGUUGGUCGUGCAGGAGCUCGAGCUUGCCUUCUGACAGAGGACAAGACCAACAUCGUAAAGGCUAUCCAGCAGACCAGUCGGUACUGGCAGCGUCGCCGUAUUUUGAGUGUCAAUGUUGGAGGCCUGGCUGCUGGAGUAUUCCUACUGUGGCGAACAUCUACCCCCUACACUAAGCAACAGAGAAUGCCUAAAAUAUCGUGCCAAACAGCUGAAACAAAUCCACUGGCAUCUUCCAUCAUUCUCAUGUGGUGACACUGAAGAUAUCAACAGAGCAGCUGAUUGCAUUGCUGAUGGACAGCUCAGUCGGUCACCAGUUUUACAGACCUCAUUUAUGAAUGGAGUACCAGAUGGUGGUAAUUGUCAAGACUUUGGAGAUGCUGCUGGUAGUGCUUCUGUGCCAAUCAUCAGUGAUGACACUUCUGGAUAGGGCUUCCCUUAGCAGGGAAAUGGUGAAAUUAAGUACUUUCAAAGUCAAGUUUUGUUGAAGUACUAAACACCAAAUAAGAUGUAAAGAUUAGCAUUGUACACUGAAGUGUACA